AUGAAGAAACCAUUCCGCAGCGAUGAACCCAUGAACGGCCCUCCAAGUUGUACCAUAGCAGAUUUUAUGAGACCACACCUUCGAAAGUGCACGUUUGCUGAAACCAUCCGCUGGGAGAAGACUCUAGGCUACGGCCUUGAUGGCUACGUAUGGAAAGUUUGGUUUGGCGACAAAGGCCCAUUUGCUCUUAAGAUGUUCUGGGACACUGACCCGCCUGAGUACAAUUGCUUCUACUAUGCCCUCCAAAGGGAAUGCCAAAAUGCUGCCAUUUUUCAGAUGAUAGAGUGCGCAAUGGAGAAACACGAGGGUCCGGGCCCUAUUUGGGUCUUUGACGACCCUGAGACUCAGAUCGAUGCAAAAGCGAAUCUGAGAGGCUUUUCUGACGAAAUGCGGUUGGACGAGCGACCGGCGAACUGCGACACUGUCGAAAUCAAGUCAAUGCCACGCAUUAGAAAGUGCUAUGGCUGGCUGACCCUCAGCCAGGAACUUCUUCAGACACUGCCCAGGCGUUGCAAAGUAACUCCCUACGAGGUUGACGACGUCGAGAGAUACAUGUCAUCGGACAUGGACUAUGCGGCCAUUGUUUACGAAUACGUCGAGCCUGGUAAGAACGAGGUCAAUGUUGUGGAAGAAGUGGACCGAUUCUUCUGGCUUACGGGCUUUGGACAUACUAUCUCACCGAAGGGCGCGAAUUGGGAAAGCGGAGUGUUGAUAGAUGGUGCAGAUAUAGUUUAUGCUGGUGGUUACGGGUGGAAGGCUGGCCUGUACGGUGCGAGAAAGGCAAAGGAUAUAUUGCGUGAAUAG